AUGCAUAAUUAUCUUGGAUCAGGAGAUUCUUCUAAAAAAGGUUGUAAUAAGAAUGAUGCUGAUUAUUUGAAUUAUGAACAAGAUCAAGACGAGAAAGAAAGGGCUUUGACAAAUUUGCGAUCUGAUAUCUAUAGCAUUGGACCGAAAAUUCUACCAUUGCCAUUUUCGCGAGAAUUUAUGAACUUAAAGUAUACAAAAUUCGUACCACUAGCUCAAUGUAAAUUGGAUCCCAAAUAUGCAUUACGAGGUGGAGCCAGAACCAACUACAAUACUACAAAAAGAUUUGACAUACAUCAACCAACUGAACCUGAUGAUGAAGCUAAACUUGGUCUUUGUCGCUUGAAGUAUGAGUCUGGAAGUGAAUUUUUAUGUUUAGAUACCGAGACUGACGUUGACGCCGAGAAAACCAAACAUAAAAGCCGUUCUAGAAGAUCAAAGAAAGAGAUGAAGGAGAUUGAAAAGUUGGCCGAGGUUCGUACUGAUAGGUAUUAUUCUCGGUUAAAUAUCUAUGAAUUAUCCAAAAUUUUAGAGCUUGAUGGAUUCCAUAUUUCUCUCACUAAAGAGAUUGAGUUGAAGAUCUUGGAGUUAUUUGGUAAUUACUGUGAUUUCAGACUAGGAUACCAGACAUGGAUUAGAGAUACAAACAGAGCAAAGAGGAACGAUUUGAUUAACCAAUUAUAUUCGUACAGCUCGGUAUUUUAUCCAGAAAUUGAUAAAUUUAAACUAGAAGUAAUAGUUAGACGAGGAAGUUACAGCUUAAUGCAAACAAGAUUAAGAAGGGAACGUCGUAUGUCCAAGCAUAUCAAUCGUUCCAGGUACAAGUCCUCAUAG